GGAGGAGGAGGAGGUGGAGUUGUGGUCGCGGUGCACCAGCAGCACUCAGCUGGUGAGAGCCGCCUGCAGACAGGAGACAGCAUCCAUGGCAACAAUCAUGACAGAGGCGGACACCCGACAGAGACUGCUGCGCACCGUCAAGAAGGAGGUGAAGCAGAUUAUGGAGGAAUCUGUCACCAGGAAAUUUGUUCACGAAGACAGCAGCCACAUCGUGUCCUUUUGUGCUGCAGUGGAGGCUUGUGUCCUGCACGGGCUCAAAAGGCGAGCAGCAGGCUUUCUGCGCAGCAACAAGAUAGCGGCCCUCUUCAUGAAGGUGGGGAAAAGCUUCAUCCCGGCUGAGGAGUUGUGUAGGAAGGCACAGGACCUUGAGCAGAUAAUCGACACAAAACGAAGUCAAAGCCUGCAAAGUCAGGACAGCCUUCGCAAGAUGCCCCGACUGCCCAGCCUCACCCCGCAGGGGGUCAAGAACCUGUGGAUCCGGACGGCUCUAUUUGAGAAGGUGCUGGACAAGAUUGUCCUGUACCUUGUAGAGAACAGCAGUAAAUACUACGAGAAAGAGGCUGUUCUGAUGGACCCCGUGGACGGACCCAUCCUCGCCUCUUUGUUAGUGGGACCUUGUGCUUUGGAGUACACAAAGAUGAAGACAGCCGACCACUUCUGGACGGACCCGUCCGCUGACGAGUUGGUGCAAAGACAUCGCAUCCACGGGGGCAACUGCAGACAAGAUUCUCCCACCAAGAGGCCAGCACUGUGUAUCCAGAAGCGGCACUCCAGCAGCAGCAUGGAUGAACGCCCUUCUCCCUCCCCAUCAGCUCGUGAAUAUGUGGAGUCGCUGCAUCAAAACAGCAGAGUGACCCUACUCUUUGGCAAAAACAAUGUGCUCGUGCAACCGAGGGACGACAUGGAGGCCAUCCCGGGUUACCUCUCUCUGCACCAGAACGCUGACCUCAUGACCCUGAAGUGGACUCCCAACCAGCUCAUGAACGGCUCGGUUGGAGACUUGGACUACGAACGCAGUGUAUACUGGGAUUAUGCCAUAACUAUCCCUCUGGGGGAGAUAGUUUACUUACACUGUCAUCAACAAGUUGACAGUGGGGGGACGGUGGUGCUGGUCAGUCAGGAUGGGAUACAGAGACCUCCACUUCGCUUCCCCAGAGGAGGCCACUUGCUGCAGUUCCUCUCCUGCCUGGAGAACGGCCUCCUCCCCCACGGCCAGCUGGACCCUCCUCUCUGGUCCCAGAGGGGGAAGGGGAAGGUGUUUCCCAAGCUGCGUAACAGGGUUCCUCAGGGAUCUGGAUCCUCAGACUCGGUCUCAGACAAGGAGGAGGACGAGGCCACAGACUAUGUCUUCCGCAUCCUCUUUCCAAACAGCCAGUCAGAGUUUGUGACUCCUCCAGACUUGAUGGAUCACGGAGCCACAUUGUGGCAUCCCACUCUCAGGAAGUCCUCGUGUUCGUCUUGUUCUCAGGGCAGCUUCUCUGAUGGGGCGACGCCCAAGGGGUGCAACUAUGAGAGGGCUCCUCUGAAGCUGCUGUGCGACAACAUGAAGAAUCAGAUCAUCUCUCGGGCGUUUUAUGGCUGGUUGGCAUACUGUCGUCACCUGUCCACUGUGCGUACACACCUCUCUGCUCUCGUCAAUCACACCAUUGUGGCGCCCGAAGUGCCGUGUGAUGCCUACAAAGGACUCACCACGGAUGUGUGGCGGACGUUCCUCCAGGACUGCACAGCAUACGAUGAGAAUGAGCUACUUCGUCUGGUUUACUUCGGUGGUGUGGACGCCUCGCUGCGUAAAGAGGUGUGGCCUUUCCUGCUGGGUCAUUACCAGUUUGGAAUGUCAGAAGCCAAGAGGAAAGAGGUGGACGAACGGGUCCAAGUGUGCUACCAGCAGACCAUGCAUGAGUGGCUCGGCUGUGAGGAGAUCGUCCGUCAGCGGGAGAAGGAGCAGCACGCUGUCGCAUUAGCAAAGUGCUCCUCAGUAGCGAGCAUGGACAGCUCCAGUCAGAAGAUUACCCACCACAACUCCACUAUCAGCAAUGAGUCCCAGUCCCCCCAGAGCUCAGACAGGCAGAGUCUGGCUCGCCUGCAGAGUGACUCCAGCAGCAGCACACAGUUCUUCACAUCCUCCCAUCCCUUCCCCUGGAGUAGCCUGCUUCCCUUUGGCUUGUUCUUUCAGGUGUUUGAGUCUGUAGAGGAGGUUGAUCAGAUCGAGACGGAGCCCAAGAGCGAGGAGGCCAAACAGGGGCCGAAGAUACCCAAUGGAGCGAUGCAGAACGAGACAAACUCUCCCGACUCCGGACAUCCCUCCUCCCGCAACUUCUCAGUCACCUCGGGCCUGUCGGACGGCUCACUCAGCACCGAGGACAGCGCUGCCGCUGAUACGAUCCCAAGAUCUGCAGCUGUUCCUCAGGCACCGCAGAGUCAGGUCAAGCCUGCAGGAGUACAAAGUGACGGUCGGACAGAUGGGAUGGACAGCCAGGUGAGAGGUAAAGAGAAGACCAAGGAGGAGGAGGAGGAGGAGAAAGCACCCGAUGUUACCAAAUCAGAUGGAAAUAACAAGACUGAGCAGCUGUUGAAGGCCAAAAAAGAUGCAAAUCUGCAACCAAAAACGCAAGAAACUGUUGCAGAGUCUGAAGUUGUUCAAACAGAGGAACCCAAGUCAGAGAAUGAAGAUGCAGGGGCGGACAUUAAAGGAGUUACGUCUGUAGAGUCAGGAGAAACCAAAAAAGAUUUGCUUGACGAGGAUACUAUGACGGUGUCUGCAACUCCUUCCAGACCUAAAGGAGAACCUGUAGUGCAGAGUCCUAUAAAAGCAGUAGAAGUGAGUAUUGAGGAAACUGUGAAGCGUCAGAAAUCUGAAGAAACAAAUGUCGAACAGGCUAAAGGCAUGGACGAGUUAAAGUCAAGUCAACCACAAGAGGUUUUGUUGGCAGAUUUGAGAUCGGUUGAUUACAAGAAUCCUGAAGUUGAGAAGAAACUCAUUUUCUCAGCCGACAGCAGCGUCUCGAGACCAAGAGAAGCCUACUUUGCAUCCCAGACGGGCGAGGCUCAGGUUAUGACUGAAUCAGAUGAGUCUCCUCCGGCCGUGGAGAUGGAGGAGAUCCCACAAGCAAAAGUUUCCAUGGUGCCUUUGAGCAGGAAGGGACGCUGCGAAGCCUCCUCGUUCUCCAAGGACUCGUCCCCCCACGCGGAGCUCAGGCAGGAGGACGAGCAGGGAAAGCGCUGUCCCGAUAGGACAAAGCCCAUCCCGUGUGAGGAGCCAGAGAGCCAGAGCCUGGACCCUCACUUUGACUCUCUGGGCGAGUCUGGACACACCAAGAAUGAGUCAACCUCUCAAGAAUCGGCUGGGAGUCCCUUCUCUCAAGAGCUUUUGGACUUGUAUACAUUAAAUCUGCACCGCAUUGAAAAGGAUGUCCAGCGCUGUGACAGAAACUAUUGCUACUUCACUCCGGCCAACCUGGAGAAACUGCGCAACAUAAUGUGCAGCUAUAUCUGGAGGCACCUUGACAUUGGUUACGUACAGGGCAUGUGUGAUCUGCUGGCUCCACUUCUAGUCAUUCUGGAUGAUGAGGCCAUGGCCUUCAGCUGCUUCACUGAGCUCAUGAAGAGAAUGAAUCAAAACUUUCCACACGGAGGAGCUAUGGAUACUCAUUUUGCCAACAUGCGCUCUCUCAUACAGAUCCUGGAUUCUGAGCUGUUUGAGCUAAUGCACCAGAACGGAGACUACACUCACUUCUACUUCUGCUACCGCUGGUUUCUCCUCGACUUCAAGCGAGAGCUGGUGUACGACGACGUGUUCGCAGUGUGGGAAACCAUCUGGGCAGCCAAGUGUGUCUCUUCUGGUCACUUUGUCCUCUUUAUUGCUUUGGCGCUGGUGGAGAUCUACAGGGACAUAAUCCUGGAGAACAACAUGGACUUUACUGACAUCAUUAAGUUCUUCAAUGAAAUGGCCGAGCACCACAACAUAAAGCGGAUUUUGACCAUGGCCAGAGAUCUGGUGUGCAAGGUGCAAAUGCUUAUAGAGAACAAGUGAUUGCGCUCUUUGUCUUCGUCUUCUUCUUCCUUCCAAGUAAAGUGUGACCUGCUGUAGCAGCACGAGAUUCACAUACAUCUGAGCACUCAGGCUCUUUCUCUCUGACACACACACACACACACACACACACACACACACUAUACAAAGCCUUUACAAUCAGAGUUUGCUGCUAGGAGCCUUAUUGACUGUGUCCACAACGUUGUUUGUGUUGUUAAUAGAUGUAUGUGAUAAUUAUGCUUCAUAUUUUGUCAGUUUGUUCAAGUGAAAGUGAUUUAUCUGAAUGUUUUAUUUAGUUCUUAAAUAUAUCUGCCAUAAAUUCCUUGUGUGUAAAUGUAUCCAGGUGCACUUUUUUUUAAAGAAAAUAAUGGUUUUAGUUGCACAUUUCCAACCAAAUAUUAUGAAAAAAUUCAACCAGAGACUAUAUUUAUGCAAAGAAUAUAUUGUAAUGAUAGUUUCUAAUAAAUAGUCAGGUCUAAAAGUUAUUAUUCAAAUAUAUUACCAAGUUCCUCCUUAUUCCCGUUGCUUAUUAAAGGUCAGAAUGUCAGCAGCCUUUUCCCUUUUACCCAAUAGUAACACCUAAAAAUGUAAUGACUUUCUACUGAUGCCAGAAAAACGACUUGUAAUCCAAACUCCAUUUCUGUUUCACACACAGCAUUCAGAAGGAUUUAGCAUUUAGCACCUUGUCGGUGAUUUAGCAUCUAACAGUGUUUUAAUUGAACUGCCUCACCUGCCAAAUAUUAUCUUUAUUUGUUAUUUGCGUAUUGUACUGUACUGAGAGAUACAUAUGUUAAACUUAUGAGGAUUAAAAUGCGUAAAAUCUUAACCUAAUCUCAAAGUGAAGUACAAAUGUUUGUCUGGAGAUGUAUAUAAAGUAACAAGCCUCAUUGGUUAGCCUCUUAAGUUGUGUUUCCUUAGCCGGUGAAUCUGUAUAUUUUGUAAAUGAUCCAGUCUACUUACCUUUAUUUUUGUCUAGAAUUGUCCAGUGCCUCUUUGUUGAAUUAAAAUGCUGAUUUCAGCUUGAAUGCUACUUUGAAUUUGGAAUAUCAGACAGUUAAAGCAGUUACAUGGUGACCAAACUAAAAGGUUUUCGGCGGCGUCACGUUAGUGAGAUUCUCCAGUGGGAAAGGACUUACACAUACAGGUGAGAUUUCAAGAUACAAAUGACGUUAUGAGGGACUGUUUUGAUGUUUUGGCAGAUUUGGUACUUGUGAGGACAUUCAAAAUAUAUGAUUUAAACCCCUAAAGUAAUACUGAGCCCUGAGUUGCAAACAGCUGUGCUUGUAAUUUAUAGCCUAAAACUUCACUUAGUUGGUCUUCAGGUAAAUGUUUCAAGAAUGUUGUUAGAUUAAUUGCUUUUAAUAUGCUGUCUCUGUGAAUGCUUACUGCUGGCAGGAAACGUAUUUUGUAUGUAUAUUGUAACUUUUAUUUAUUUAUUCAAACAGUUUUUCAUUAUGAUGCUGCUUUGUUUGUGAAGCUGAUAUUUUUAUUUUGUGGCCAUUUCUAAAUGUCUAUUGUAAAACAAUCAAAUUAUAUACGAAAAGUUCAUAUAUACUAUAUAUUAAAUGGUAUAUGUUUUUAUAAUAAAACAAUAAAAAUGGAAUCAUCAUUAUUUUUCCAAACAUCUUGUAGUGCUUUUACUCAGUUUGAUCAAACAGGUGAGAGAAUCACAAAUAUAUCUGGGGAGUUGAGGGGACCAGAGAUGGAAAUGUUCUUUGGUUUGUCCUCCUUUGUGAUCGAGGUGAAAAUAUAUAAAGAACUAUGUUCACGGUC